UUGAUGCAGUUUUUUUGAUCUGCAAGCGUUGCAGAUCAAUUUUGUGAAUGGCAUGUCGUCAUUAGGUACGUCACUUCUUGUGGGUAUUCCCUCACGUUUAGCUCAGGUUACAGGUGUAGAGCUAAUGAAACGGGAAGUCUCUAUUGUUUGAGGAGGCGCAGUUUUGUUUGAGGUAAAGUUUGGAAGCUCUGCCUCGGUGCGCAACGCUUAAUAAGGUAAGUCUUUGACUUGUUGCACUGGUUCAAUUUAAAUGAGCGAUGAAUGUCCCUUGUUAGGUGGAGCGGCGUUGUCCCUUUGGACUUCGUCGGGGGGGGUUUUGUAGUGUUGUGGUGAAAGCGGUCAGAGCAAUUGUCUCGGGAGUGUUUCCAUAGUGUGAGAGGAGUCGCCAGUUUCUGGUUGCUUUUUCUCCCUAUUGGGCUUUGGCACUUAAUUACCCACCGCCAGUAGCUACAUGAAGAGCUAGGCUGCAGCUUAAAUAGGUUGUGGGGCUUUGUAGGUAGCGGGACAGGCAUUGUUUUUGUUUGGCCUUCAGUUUGGGGGUCUUGUGCAUGGAGUCAGACACUUAAUUUUGUUUUUUUGUUUAACGUUGCGCACUGCGGUAUAAUGCAGACGGUGGAAGUUAAAGAUUUUAUUGCUUCUCCGUCGGAGGAGAUAUUAGACCAGUGUACGAAGGAUCAGCUGCUUAAGUUAGCAGAGCAUUAUCAGGUGGAGGUAAAUGGUCAAUUUGCGAAGGAUAAGGUUAAGGCAAUUGUGAAGAGUAACUUAGUCGCUACAGGUGUGUUAAUUGAGCGUGAACCAGUUUCAAUUACGUCUCCGUUGGCUAUAUCAAUGGAAGGCUUGAGUUUUGAUCAGCGGAAAGAGUUGUUACUGUUACAAAUUCAGCAUGAGAAGUAUAAGAUUGAGGCGGAGUUCCAGAAAGAUCUAGCAGUUGAAAAGUUGCGUCAGGAGACUGAACAGACGCGUUUAGAUCUAGAACAUAAGCUCCAAGUUAUCAGGGAGGGCAAAAUUACACCUGCGCCUCGGUUAAACUCUGGCUUACAUUUUAGCGUCGAUCAAUCUGACACACUGGGUUUUGACGUGCGGGGUAAUUUGCGUUUAGUGCCUAAAUUCUCCGAGAGCGAUCCUGAUACAUUUUUUCUUUUGUUUGAACGUUUAGCUGAUGCGCAAAGCUGGCCCAAUUCCGCUCGCGCAUUAUUGCUUCAGUGUGUGAUUACUGGUAAGGCACAAGAGGCGUUUUCAGCCUUGUCGCCUGGUGAUAGUCAAGACUAUGAUAAGGUAAAAUUAGCUGUACUGAAAGCGUAUGAGUGUGUUCCAGAGCAUUAUAGGCAGAAAUUUAGAUCGUGGAAAAGGGGGCCAAGACAGAGCCAUUUAGAGUUUGCACGGGAUUUAACAACUUAUUUUAACCGCUGGUGUUCUUCUGUCGAAGUGUCCGAUUUUGAUGGUCUAUGUGAUCUAAUUGUGUUAGAACAAUUUAAAAAUUCUGUUCCUCAUGUUGCCACUUAUGUAUGUGAACACAAGGCUCGUACUGCAGCUGAAGCAGUUGCUUUAGCUGAUGAUUGUGUUAAUCCAUCAAAACAUUCCAUCUGAUCGUCGUUUUCAGGCCAGUAGUGGUAGUACACCUGCUGAAUUAUUUAAUCAUUCAAACAGAUUUCCUCUGCCUACUAGUGGGCCUAGUGGUUCUGGUAAUGCAUAUAAGAUUUGUAAUUUUUGUCAUAAACGUGGCCACUGGAAAGCUGAUUGUUACAUGCUCAAGUCUGGUAAUACUAAGCCACCUCCAGGUUCGCGCCCUAAGGGUGCAGGCCUGGCUGCACCUGGACGUUCUAAUAAACCUGUUGCUGUUGAUAGCCAUAUGGUUGAUGGCGAGCCACAUCUAAUACACUCUGUCAAUGCACUUGAUUCUUAUUUGCCAUUCAUUAGAACGGGGUUUGUGUCUAUGGUUGGCAGUGAUGUAAAAGUGCCUGUUAAAAUCUUGAGAGACACAGGGGCAUUUGACUCUUUUUUAUUAAAGCUGAGGUGUUGCCUCUGUCUGAAAAUUCUGAACUGGGCAGUUCAGUGCCAGUUCAGGGAAUGAGUUUAAAUGUUAUGCAUGUGCCACUACACAAAGUAAUGCUUGAUUGUGACUUGUUUCAGGGUGAGGCUGCACUUGCUGUUUGUCCUGCAUUGCCAAUUGAAGAGAUCUCUGUGAUUCUUGGCAAUGGCUUGGUAGGUGCUCAACUGUGGUCUGAUGUUUCUCCUGCUUUGGUGGUAGAUCCUGUGCCGAGAGCUGGACUCGAAGAGUGUGCACAAAAUUUUCCUGAGACUUUUCCUGCUUGUGCGGUAACACAUGCUAUGUGAGUUGGUUGCUGAGCAGCAAGCUGACUCUUCGCUGGCUGGGUUGUAUGAGUUGGUCCAACCUGAAAGUGAAAUGCGGGACAGUGUUUGUGGAUAUUUUCUUCAAGAUUCACUAUUGAUGGACCCUGACCUGGAGUCUGCCCCACCACCCCAACACACACUGCCUCCUCAGCAAGGCGGAGCAUCAUUCCCACAAGCGCCUCACCCACAGAGAAGGGGAGAAGUUGAGACGAAGGAAAAAACUGAGCCUCUGGAAUCUCCCCCAGCCUACCAGCUGCCUCCAGCAUCAGCACCUCCCCUCGCUUCUCCAUCACACAUGAGAUCCGGUCUUACAUAUGGCGAUGGAAAAGACCACUCUCCUGGACCUGACCACGUGCUCACCAGUGGGUCCACAAGGCCAUAACCUAAAGUCUGAAGUCCUUCAUCUUCCAAUGAUGGAAGUGGCUGGAGCUGACGGCGUGCUUUUAGUCCACAGACCCUGGAUGACAGCUGAUAUCAAGGAAAGUAUGGCUUCUCUUCCCAACGUGAGAGAGGUAGGAGGAAAGAGAUUUGGUAACGAACUGUUGAUAUUUUGCAGAGAAUUCUGACCGACCACCCAUGAACUUCGCCGCCUAAUCAUGACCAAGAUGGGUGUAGAUUGGAACAAAGUUUCCAAAGAGUGGCCGGAAGCUGACCAGCGAAUGACUACACCAGACUGGAGCGCGGCUGGCAAUAGUGAGUAUAGAGAUACCAUCACUGCUCUCUGUGCUCGUCUGGAUAGUGCUUUUCCUUUGAACAUAGACAUGACUAAGAUCAGUAUGUGUAAGCAAGAAGAUGGAGAAGUGGUGUCAGCAUUUCUCACCCGUCUCACCGCCACGCACGAGAAAACAGUGGCCUGACCAGACCCGUGAACCUGGCUGCAGUGGAAGGCACUCCUGAGAUCUGGGAAGCGCAUCUGCAGAACAGUUUCAUGAGCGGUAUGGAUCCAGCAGUGGCCAAGUUAGUAAAGCAGCUCUGUCUCCUGUGGGAAACCACCAGUCUCACCAAGAUCGAGCAGUACGCUGUGCAUGCAGAAAAGCUGCUGAAAGAGAAGGAGAAGACAAAGUCGACACAAAGAGACCAAGAUCUACACACCGCCACUCUCACUCUUUUCAGACUGUUCAGCCUGGAGAAAAAGGAACAAGAGGAGGAAGAGGUCGAAGUAGGGGCCGAGACAGGACAACCUGGAGUGACUCGUCCUGGAUAAAAGGUGCAACCUGCUACAACUGCAAUCAAAAGGGACACAUUGCUCGAAAUUGUCUCCACAGAAGCAGCCAGAAGCCCUGUGAGGAGUACAGCAAAGCAGACUGAUGGGCGGACUCCGGGAAUGGGCCCCACACAGAGAACAGGGGAGGUAACACACACACACACACCUGAUGAUACACAUACACAGACAGGAGCAUUCACAUAACGUUAAACACAUUAGUAGCAGCACCUGCAUGCAACAGCAAGACUACACAGAAAUGCCCGAUACACCAGUCCAGAUAGAUACACCUGAAGUUGCAUUAAGUUUGUUAAAAUACACAACUACUCCCUUUUCUAAACUCCCUUGUAUGCCCCUCACUGUGUGUGGGCAUGUGUUAGCCUUUCUAGUAGAUUCUGGAGCAGGACACUCAGUGAUACAACAUGGGGUACUUCCAGUAGACCCACCGCUCAGCUCAAAUUCUAUUCAGACGAUGGGCAUCUCAGGACGACCUGUAACCGAAACUUUCUCAGUCAACCUCCCGUGUAAAAGCGAGGGAGGAAUAGUUACGUCCCACUCAUUCCUCAUCUCACAUACAUGUCCAGUAAAUUUGUUAGCACGUGAUUUAAUGUGCAAAUUAGAAGUAAAUCUCACAUCCACUCCAGAUGGACUAACUAUUGAAGUAAGUGAAAUGUGCGGUGUGCAGUAUGGGUUUGGAAGCCCCCUGUAUGUGUAUGUCUGGCAGCUCUGCUCAGAUCAGUUCACACAAACUCCAAAACACCUUGUACAGCUCGCACACUUGAACACCUCAUCAGUUGACACAGAUUAUAUGAAAGAGGAAGAUUUGCAUUGUACAGCACAUGUUCACCAAGGUCAAGAUGUAGAGUUUGAAAAGACUUGGUUUGCAGACCCCCAUGCACGUGAAAGAUUGACCCUCAAACUAUGUAUUGGUCUAAACAUUAUUGCGCUGUGCAGGUCCAUUUUACUCAUUGUCCAAACAGCUGCAUCAAUGCUCAUCGCAGUGUUCUCAAACAUGUUAUACGCAGCCUUGUGUCAGAGGACUUUGAGGUCGGCUGCUGCCAACAUGAUUUCUUAGACAUCAUUAAUUCUAUAUCCCAUGUCUCAUUACCAAGGCCAUGAGUCGCCCAUUGGAAAGACGUGGGGAAAUGGGUCAAGAAGUGCGCAGUCGAUGGCAAUGAAUGGUCCCAAACAGAGGACCCUAGUGUGUUGUUUUGUCAAAGGCUUGGGGUCUACAAACAAAGUCAUGCUGUGUGUGUGCAUGUUAAGCGCAGCGUAAUAUUAGCCACUGAUGACCGGGAUCCUGGGGACCCCGGCCAUAGUGGCCUGUUUGUCUCCGUUUCCACAGGCAUAACUCCAGCAGAGGUGCACCCCAAAUUGGCGGGAGUUCCAAAUUCCAUUUGGGCGAAGGGUAAACAUGAUGUGGGCCUAAUAAAGAAUGCUGAACCAGUGGUGAUCACCCCCAAAUUAGAUUUCAGGCCUAAACAGACCCAGUACCCACUCAAACCAGAAGCAAUUGCAGGUAUAAAACCGGUCUUUGAUUCGUUGCUGAAGGCAGAUGUAAUUGUCCCUUGCCAGGACUCUCCAGUGCGCACUCCUAUUUUUCCAGUUAAGAAGGAAGAAAACCGUCCCAGCCCGAUGAGUGGAGGUUUGUCCAAGAUCUGCAAGCAGUCAAUGCUGCGGCUGUCCCGCACACGCCUGACGUCCCUAAAGAGCGCUCUGCAGACCACACCCACUCUGGGACUGCCUGACCCCAAUAAACCAUUUGUUCAAACUGUCAAUGAAAAGAAGGGUUUUAUGACCUCUGUUCUCUUGCAGAAACACGGGGAUAGAUUGAGACCUGUAGCCUACUUCUCCAGCAGGCUGGAUCCAGUGGCGGCUGGACUUCCUGUUUGCCUGCGUGCAGUUGCUGCAGCUGAAAAGGCGGUAACUGCCUCCAGAAAUAUUGUGGGGUAUUCUAACCUCACCCUUUGGUCCCACAUGCUGUCUCCCUGCUUCUGUUGGAGAAAAGAUGUCACAUUUGUCAGCACAGAGAUGGUUGAAGUAUAACACUGUCAUACUUGAUAUGCCUAACAUCAUUGUGAAACGUUGUUCUGUUCUGAAUUCUGCCUCUCUUCUCCCUACAGAGGACGAUGGAGAACCACAUGACUGUGUUGCUCUCACUAAUGAUUUUUGUUCCCCCAGGGCAGACAUAAAGAGUGACCCUUUUGGAAAAUCCAGACAUGGUCCUCUAUGUGGAUGGUUCAGCCUCCAGAGACCCAGAGACGGGAAAGAACAAAGUAGGUUUUGCCAUAGUCUCAGAUCACGAGGUCCUCAAGGCGUCAUGUCUGCCCUCAAACCUGUCAGCACAGGCCGCAGAGCUCUGUGCCCUUAUCGAGACAUGCAAAUUGGCUGCAGGGUGAUCUGUCUAUAUUUUUACGUACAGUAGGUACACGUUUGGCGUUGUGCACGAUUUUGGCACUAUUUGGAAACACAGAAAUUUUCUCACUAGCACAGGAUCUCCCAUUGCACAUCAUAAACUGGUCUCUGAGUUGUUGGAUGCUGUUCUACUCCCUAGAGCCAUUGCUGUGUGUAAGUGUGCUGCCCAUACUAACAAUACUGAUCUUGUGUCUCAAGGGAAUGCCAGGGCGGACGUGGCAGCUAAGUGUGCAGCCUCGGCUUCCAGUUCACCCUCUAACCUUGCCUUUCCUCAGGCUUCUACCCCUUGUUUACAGCUAGCGGACCUUCAGAGCACUGCCAUCCAGGACGAGAGACGAGUCUGGAAAUAGGCGGGCUGUAUCCUUGCAAACUCUGUCUGGGUUUGUCCCUCGGGCCGUCCCUGUCUACCAAAAUACAUGUUCCCUUACUAUGAAAAAUUGGCACAUGGGCUCACCCAUGUGUCAAAAAAAGGGGGGAUGGUAGCAGAAGUAACAAAGAGAUGGUUCACAAAAGGGUUUUCAAAUUAUGCUGUGAAAUUUUGCAAGCAAUGCUUGAUAUGUGCACAACAUAAUGCAGGUCAAGGUAUCAGACUAACUCAAGCAGCACAUCCAAUACCAGACAAACCAUUUGAUCACCUCCAAAUGGACUUUAUUGAACUGACACCUAGUGAAGGGAAAAGGUACUGCCUGGUAAUAGUUGACAUGUUUUCAAAAUGGGUAGAAGUAUUCCCCACAGCUAAACAAGACUCAGAGGCGGUAGUCAAAGCACUCCUGAGAGAUGUAAUUCCUAGGUGGGGUAUACCUAGCAAAAUCUCAAGUGACAAUGGAACACCCUUUGUUAAUGCAGCCCUAAAGAAAAUAGGAGCAUUCCUAGGGAUAGACCUGAAACAACAUUGUGCCUAUCAUCCUGCCAGUGCGGGAGCAGUAGAGAGGGAAAAUGGGUCACUUAAAAAUAAACUAAGCAAAGCUUGUGCAGAAACAGGGCUAGGAUGAACAAAGGUCCUCCCUGUAGUACUCACACAAAUGAGGAUGCAAACUAGGCCUAAACAUGGGUUAAGCCCAUUCGAAAUUCUGUUUGGACGAGUACCCAACAUGGGGAUAGGGCCAGCUCAAGGAACACUGCCGGACACCACACUGUGUGAUGAUGCAAUGUUGAAUUACUGUGCAACGUUGUCCUCUGCUUUGAAAUCUAUCCACAAACAGGUAAAGAAGCACUUCCCAAACCCGCUGAGGGACCUCUGCACGAUCUACAACCAGGGGAUUGGAUCGUGGUAAAGGACUUCCGACGAACCAAGUGGAACAAGCCACGGUGGAACGGCCCAUUCCAGGUCCUGCUCACGACCCCAACGGCAGUGAAAGUCACAGGCAGAGUGAUGUGGAUCCAUGCUAGCCACUGCAGGAGGGUUCCUGAACCGGCUGAGCAGGAGGAAAAGGAAGGCCUAAGUGACCAAACGCUGACUAAAGCUCGUGAGGAAGAAAGGCAUCACUGCAUGGAACAGUGCGAGUAUCACAUCAAUCACGCACGCACCCUCAAUAGGGAAGAGUAUUUGUGUCUAGCUGAUAGAUAAGUCUUAGGGUUUUGAGUUUCCUCCAAGUCCCGGUGAGGUGGGACGAGGGCUGAUAGGGCGUGCCCGCCCUCUGAGCACCAAUACACGUCAAGAAGGGCAAGGGUUAACUCGGUAACAUCAUUGAGGCACUGAACAAGAUGCGCAAGGUUGCUGAACAAUCAUAAGCAGAUGAACAUGGAGGAGUUGAAGACAGCUGAUCGUGUUAGUUCAGUGGAUGGAAGACUCUGAUUCUAUCCACCGUACCGGUCCUGGGCUUAGCGAUUGUGAUGCUAUGUUUGCUCCCUGUUUUCUGUCAAUGUUGUAUGUCUGUGUUUCAGAGGCAGCUGACAAAUAUUGGUUACCAGAUGGUGAAAAUAGACUCAGACGACUUGCCUGACUGGCCUCCAAACUCACACGAAGACUAUAACCCACCGUUCGAUGACAUCAGCACAGUUGACAUGAAACUAGUCCUGACUUAAAACACUUUCAUUAUGAUUGUUUCCUGUUCUAUUAUUCCUGAUCUAUGUAUAUGGCUUGCUAGCAUUUAUUUAAGAUGUCUAUGUCUUAUAAAAACAGCCUUAGCAUUAUCCCUGUACACUCAAUGACGUGUUAAGUUGAAUCUCUCUGAGAACUAUCAUCACUGAAACUGUGUACAGUUCUUUUCUUUCCUUUUAGUAAUUUAUCUUGUAGGAUAAAAAGGGGGGAAUGUGAGGGAAUUUUUAAUGGAUGAACAUUAUUAUUCUCUGUGUUUCUGUGUGUUGAGCUCAAGUGGCCUAUACUGAGAAAGAUGUUUUUUCCUAUGUUGUAAUCGCUUUUCUGUGGCCUUGGUGGUAAUGAGCAGGGUGCUUGAGUUCAUCCUAGCUUGCAUCUUCUCAUGAUGUAACCACCUUUCCUGACCUUGGUGGUGAUAAGCAGGGUGCCUGAGUUCUCAUAACUACGCAUCCGCACGCCAGGUGCACGCUCUAACAAAGCUUCAUAGAAAAUCUUGAGCCAAUCACGUGAAGACACAAGCAGUGAGCGAAUGCUUUCAGAGUAUAAUAGAUAACAUUCCUAAAACACAACUCAGAGUGCGCGUACUCUCGGCAUCAUCAGAAGUGAUGUCUUCUUCUAUUCUUGUCUUUCCUUUCCUAUUUUAUAUAUCUUUUAUAUGAUCUACUAUAAUAAAUGACUGAAAAGACAA